CAAAUCUGCAUUCACUCUUGAACUCUGUUUAACGUUCACUAACGUCAAUAUAUUGAAACUUCACUCACCUGUAUGAGUGGAUUAGAAACUUGCUAUUUUUGCAACACUUAUUAUUUUAUUGAGGAUAUAACUCUUGUAAAAUAACACAGAUAAUAAAUAUUGGAUACACGUUGAAAUUAAUGAAAAUUUACGAUUUGGAAAUCGAAAGUAGCGAGGUAAAGGUGAACUGAUAUUUAUUUUCCGCUCCUGUUGAAACACCAAAGUGAAUGGAUUCAACCAAAGGAGACGAAAGCUUGACACAGGAAUCAACCAGCGACAUGGCUGGCGAGUGUGUUGUGAUAAAGCAAUGUGAGGCUUGUUUACAGGAUAAUACCUCGGUCGAGGCGACUUUGUUUUGUUCAUCGUGUACUGAAUUUUUGUGUGACGAAUGCAAGUCUGGACACAUUCGAUAUAAAAGAGGUAAACACGAGUUUAUAAACGCUAUAGAUUCUCAGAUUAAAUAUAUCACAGUUGAUCUUAAAGGGAUAGACGCAUGUGAAGAACACAAAAAGAAGGUUAAGUUUUUCUGCAAAGAUCAUUCGUUGCUGUGCUGUAGUACUUGUGCAUUCAGUCACAGAAAAUGUGAAAACAUCAACGAGUUAGUUAAGAUUUCAGGCGACAGCGGUCAGGAAUUGCAAAACCUGAAAGACAAACUUUCAAACGCAGCAGAUUAUGAACGUAGUAAGAUAGAAGAUUGCAAGCAAACGGUUACUGCUAUUUAUGAUAAGCUUAGCAAUCUGAAAGAUGAAUUACAUAAAACGAAAGAAGACAUAACUAACAUAUUUGACGUAACCAUUGCUUUGAUAAAUAAAGAAGCUAAAAGCACUGUUGAUAUUGAAUCUAAACGUCUUGGUGAAAGACGGUCUGCGUCUGAAGCUGUUUUUCAGGGCAUCGUCGAAAUAUUGUCAUUAUGUUCUGAUGUGAUUGAUAACGGCACGCCGCAACAAGCGUUUAUUCUUACCAGAUGCCUUGAGAAAAAACUACAAGAAAUCGACAUUCAUGUCAAAGAGCAACGCGUCAACCAUUUUUCGUUGGAUCUGUCUUUGGAUUUAUCAACUGAAUUAACGAACAUUCUGCAAAACCGUAGUGACGCUGUGAAACUUGUGGUUAAGAAAUGCGAUCAGAUCAAAGACGAGACCAGCGAUGGUUCCGAUGACAUUACCAGUGAUCAUACUAGCGCGUCCAUUGGUCGUUUGAUCAACACGGACCUUUAUUCCAGUAAAGCCUUGGUGCAAGAUGAGAUCAGCGAGAGUUCUGGGGAUCUUCAAAAUGAUUGUACAGUUUCUGUUUACAACACAUUAAAAAGCUCAGACGUCAGUUUCUCUGGCGAGAACAGUCUGAAGAGUACAGACGUCAGUCCCGCUGUCGAGAACACAUUGAACAGCACAGACGUCAGUCCCUCUGUCGAUAACAGAUUGAAGAGCGCAGACGUCAGUCCCUCUGUCGAUAAGAUAUUGAAGAGCACAUACGUCAGUCCCUCUGUCGGUAACAGAUUGAAGAACACAGACGUCAGUCCCUCUGUCGAGAACAAUUUGAAGAGCACAGACGUCAGUCUUAUUCAACUAGUACAAGAUUCGAAUACGGCAUCAAGCAACUUGAAACUGGAGCCAAUAAUCGACGUUCAAUUCGCUGUGUCUGGAAUAGACUUCAUGUCGGAUGGGAGACUUGUAACGGUGUAUAAAAAUAAACAAUGCAUUCUCAUGAACGACAAGCUGGUAAAGAUAGGCAAAACGUAUUUACUUCGGGCAAUUCCAGUAGGUGUUGUUUGUAUGUCAGACAAUGAAAUUGCAGUGGCACUUACCAACAAAACUAUAUGCGUCCUUGUCGUAGAGAAGGACUGUGUCAUACGAGAGAAACGAACGUUCAUUACAAAUGUGCAGUACCUCGCUUUGCGUAAGCUCGACGACAGCACUUUAGUUGGCUUUACACGCGAUAUACCAGAACACGCGAGAAAAAUCACAAUGGACGGUAGGGAGGAGGACUUUAAAACUCUGAAAAAGAUAAAUUAUAGUCGUCUAUGCCCUGGAUAUUAUUGCCAAUGCGUAUUCAUUCCUAGUCGAAACACGUUUUUGACAAUGGAGACGAACAACAAAUUGCAUAUACAUGACACUGAUACGGGUUCUAACAAAGAUAUGCAGUUUGAGAAAGAAAUAUAUGCAGUAUGCCAAGGUCUUGAGGGCAGCGCGAUGGUGGUAUGCAAAAGUGAAGUUGUACAAAUGACAAUGAAGGGUGUAAUAUUGCGGAAGUGCAAUCGUAGUGGUUAUGCACUAAUGGUUUGUGCGAACAAGAGCUUCAGUACGCUGGCAAUAGCAAGCUUUGAUACCAUAAAGUUGUAUUCAUCUACUGCAACAACCACAUGGAGUCUGGAGCCGAGGGCGGAAUUGGCAUUCACUAUCAAUGGAUUGGACUUCUUACCAGAUGGAAGACUUGUUGCAGUGUUCGCAAAUAGAACAUGUGUUAUUAUGGACGACAAGCUGAACAAGAUCGGAAAAAUGUUUGUAUUUAAGGCAAGUCCGCAUGAUGUGGUGUGUAUGUCAGACAAUGAAAUAGCUGUGGCAUGUAAUAACAUGACUAUCUGUGUGCUAUCUGUGCGACAGGAUGGAGUCAUACAAGAGAAAUGUUCGUUCAAAACACAAUUGCAGUACUGUGCGUUACGUAAGUUCGACACGGCCGUUAUGAUCGGAUUUGCCGUAGAAAUCGCCAGAAAGAUUACCUUCGACGGCGUGGAGCAGGAAUUUAAAGCCUUUAUAAAACACGGUUAUUCAGGAACAUUGUCUGCAUAUAAAUGCAAAUAUGCAUGUAUUCCUUGUAUUAACAAGUUGGCGACUUUUGACAAGGAAACCAACGUUGUUUAUUUGCAAGACCCAGAUAAAGGCACAUCAAAAUGUGUUCACAUUGCGGAGGAAAUAUGCGCCUUGUGUCAGGGUCCUGCGGGCACCGUGUUUGUAGUGUGCAAAGGCGAAUUUGUGCAGAUGUCUUGUGAGGGUCGUACACUGAAUAAAUGCAGCUUCACUGGGUUUGAAGAUAACGUAUGUGCUAAUAAGGACUUCAGCGUGAUAGCGUUAUCAAACAUAACUACUGUAAGACUUUACAAGUUGUCCAUUUAGUGACAAAUUGACGUAAGGUUAAUACCUUGUUACUGACAUCCACUUUCAAUUCUUACUGAACAUAAUGCAGGAUUAUGUGCUACGUUAUUCAAACAUUUAUUGAGCACAGUUGUGUACACAUAUCGUUAUAGUUACUAAUGUUUAUGCAUUUUGUUGUAAUAUUGUAUUGAAUUUUUAAUUGGUAACAUUGUAAUACACUGUUGUAUAUAGCUGAAAUGUAAUGUAUAAGAACACAUGAUUGUUUAUAUAUAGAGAAUUUGAUAAAUAAAUAUUUAUAGGCUGUCAAAUACCAGACCUAACAUCUAUUUUUUCGUAAAAGUAAACUAACUUGUACAAAAUACAAUGUUGUUACCAGUACGUGUUAAAAUAUGUUUUCUCUAUUGAUGUAUAUGUUUAUUAUUUGCUUUAUUGAGAGCGAGUCUACAAGAAUUACUUGUCAAAAGGCUACGAAUGAUAUGCCCUUCCCCGACAUAGUUUGCUAUUGAGUAUUGCAAAUGUACACGUAAUAUGUCAUGGAUUAUGUUUGUUUUAUCGCUUAAGACGACCACUUGAAUGCAGGUAUGUUUCGCGAAUAGCAAUGUGUUUAACUCAAAAGCUAAGGAUGGAUCGAGGUCGAAUAAGCACAAUCCUGUAUCAUAUUGUUUGCUUUUUACUAUACUGAAAUAAUAACGAUAUACCUGAAGCCUCUAGCAACCUUCCGAAUUAAAUAAACAUAUUGCUAACUGUUCAUUCACUUAGCAUGACAAAAGCACAUGAUGGGUCAUAUUGACAGCUUACUUUAGGACUAAAUAUUCAUCUUGAAGUACGUUCAUUACCAACAUACCUACUAAACUUUGAAAUUAAUAUCAGAAUAAUGGUUGCAUCUAUUUGUAUAAACAUGUACGUAUAGAGAAAUACUGCUAAGUUUGACCUUGACUUUUAACUGGACAACCAAGUUUCCGAGAACACUUCGGCACAGGUUUAGUAAUGUUGAGGCAAAUGUUAUUAGUAAACAUACAAUAUCUGCUAGUCGAUGUCAAUUUGGCUAACAUCAAUAGUGAAGAAAGCUUUAGUUAGUAGUUUGGGUUCCUUAAUAUCUAGUUUUACUCUGGGAAAGUGUACAUAAAAUUAAAUAUUGAAUAUAAUUGAGAAACAAC